AUGAGAAUUUUAUUUGUCAUUUCAACUCUAAUUCCGUCGUGCUUUUCUGUGUGCGGGCAACCAAUUUGCAAUCCAGCUGGAAAUUUGCAAACCUCGUACUUCCCACCAGUUCAAACCUAUCAGCCAUAUCAGCAGCAGCAGCAGCAGCAAGCCUACCAGCAGCCUCCAUCUCAACAACAACAAAUUGCGGUGCAUCCACCAACAUUCCAAUACUAUUAUCCAACCAAUUCGUAUGCAGUCGCACCUCAGGCUUACGAUGAUUUCGAGAAAGAGCUCGAGAAACUGAAACCAGCUGCGACGAUCAUCAAAACAGAAGACGAAGACAAUAUGGCAACUAUAAAUGGAAGCAGUGGAGAAUUGAAAGCGACGAUUGCAAUUGGGAAUGCGACAUCGGGUCCUUCGCAAGCUAUUACCUACAUUCGAGAAUAUUCACCAUAUGCUCCUGAUGCCUACCUUCGUCCACUUCCAUAUCGACCGAUGCCAUAUAUUCCCAAGGGCUGUCCUGUUAUUCCACCCCAAUAUAUCAGACCAGCUCCAUAUUAUCCACGUGGAUACGUGCAGCCAGCGGUAGUUCAACCGCAAAUCUACCCGGGAGCGUACGUCACACCUCCAGUCGUUCAACCACCAAGACCGGCACCAAUUCUGCCGCCGCCGAUUAAUGAUUGCUGUGGAAGGUGUGGAGCCCCGUGCAAGUUCAGAUCUAGGAAAAGUGUGAUCGCUUUAGCUUCUAAAUUAUUCACCGCUGAAUUUGUGCCAAGAAGAGAAAAAGAUGAAGAGGAUGAGCCCAAGGAUCCAAAGUGCAAUAGCGAGAAACUCAAAGAUCUCAUGGAUAAAUAUAUAACCAGAACUGUUUCCUUAUCGAAAAGACUUAUUCAAAAGAAUGCUGAAAGUGAAUUCGGAGGGUAUUUCUCGGUAAUCUGCUCCACCGAUGAUUUCAGCUAUGUGGCUCGAUCAGAAACAUUCUGUCAGCAUCAAAAGAACGACAUUCUUUGCUACGCAUUCAAGCACAAAUGA